AUGCUUUUUAUUGUAGUCGAUGGUAUAAUCAAUCUAAUGGAGGUGGAAGGCUCCGAGGAAUGGAUGCACCUCUGCUUUCCUGAUAGUUUUGUUGAUACUUCAAAGGCAUUUAGUUGUUAUGGCCAGUAUUUUACCUAUAUUGGCAAUUUUGGUUUGUCUCAACAGAUUCAAAACUUCACUGGGUCUCUGGAUGAGCUGGGGGUCUGUCAUUGCUCUUCUGUUCUCCCAGACUCCACCUUUCCUGCAGAUCGUUUUGAGAUGCUGGAGAUGUCCAACCAGAACAUGACCAUCACUGUUGAACAGCAAAUCAAUAAGAUCCACCACUAUGAGAGUACACUGAAUAGUUACACUGAGCGUCUGGCUAACCUGACCAAACGUGUGGAGGUGAUGGAGACUGGAGGUCUCUCGUACACUGAGCUGGACUUUGAGCUGGUGAAGUUGGAGAUCAGAGAAAUGGAGGCUUUGGUACUGCAGCUGAAAUCUUCAAUGAAUGGUACCAAUGUUCAAGUGGAAGCUUUAUACCUGGAGAUGCGCAACCUUUCCAUCAUGGUGAGCCAUCUGGAGGUCUACGACAAGAAUAAUGUCAUGGUAAUCAGAAGAGAAAUUGCAGCACUGAAGAAACGCCUUGAAGAUUGUGAAAAGAACCAGACAAUCAAACCAACACCUUACCUUCCACAAAUGCACAAUG